UACUAGGAUAUUUUUCACCAUUGCUUUUCCUACAUAUAUAUAUUACUAAAUACACAAACAAUAGAAAGACACAGUACUGUUCUAAAUAACAUUAAUAUAUUUUAACGUUUAUUUUUUUUCUCAAGAAGUUGCAAAGUUUAGUAAAAGUGGGGGACUAUUUUGAGCGCCGCCACUUCCGGGGAUAAGGGAAGUUGAAAGUGUUUCAAAAAAAUGCGUCCGUGUGGGUACAACAGAAAGAGCCAAGAUGGAAACUGUAAGUGCGGGACAUAUGAUGAGCUUAGCAGCUCUUCAAAGACAAGACCCCUAUAUAAACAGGUUACUAGAUGUAACUGGUCAGGUUGCACUUUACAACUUCAAUUCUAAAACUAACGAGUGGGAGAAGACCGAUAUUGAAGGCACUCUGUUUGUUUAUGCCAGGUCUGCUUCUCCUCAUCAUGGCUUCACCAUCAUGAACAGACUAAGUACAGUAAACCUUGUGGAGCCCAUUAACAAAGACCUGGAAUUCCAACUCCAGGAUCCUUUUUUGCUCUACAAGAAUGGCAACUUGGGCAUCUACAGUAUUUGGUUCUACGACAAGAGGGACUGUCAGCGCAUCGCUCAGCUGAUGCUUAGGAUCGUGAAACAGGAAGCAGAUCAUGCGCAGAGAAAGACACCAGAGAGGACGGAGGCAGGGAGAACCAAUGGGAUCACAGAAACAAAACCUAUUGACAUCCUGGAGCUGCUUAGCAAAGCCAAGGAGGAAUACCAAAGAGCCCAAUCGGGGGAAUCGGAAAUGUCUGCAGACAAAGUGGAACACCCACACAGAGCACCGUCACCUGAGAAGAGCUCUCAUACAGUGGUGAAGCAGAUCACAGUUGAAGAACUCUUCGGAUCGUCUCUGCCUAAGGAAACGUCUCUCUUUAACAAAGCUGCACAGGAGUCCGCUCCUUCCAGUGAGCUCCCCGCUUUUGUGCAGAAACAAGCGUAUCCUGUUCCCCUCCAUCAAAGUCCGCUCCUCACGGGCCACGAUCCCGGGUCACGCCUGCAACAGCAAGCCCCUAAUCUAAUCCCUUCUCCUUAUGCACUGAACCCCGGUACGGUUUUACAGCACGUGGUCCCGCGGCCAGAUUCUCAGUCCCACUGUCCAGUCUCUCCUCUGAUGAUGCCUUCAGCUGCUUCGGAGCACCUCGCUGUAGCGUCGGGCCUGACAGACCCCGCCACGGCUUCUGCAGCCUUUUUGAGAAAGGAAAUACUGGAUACAAUCAAACCUGGGAUUCCAUCUAUGAAUUCAGACAUCCACAAGCCCAUGCUUGCGCCCAACUUCAUUCCAAACACUCUGGUUCCACCCCACAGCUUCCAGGAACACAAAAUGGAUCUUUUCUCUAAGCCUCCAAACCUCAUCAAGCCGAUGUCUACUCUCCCCAUGAGUCCGGGUCCAGCUGUUCCAGGGUCAGAGAUCUCGGUUCUUCUCUCUCCAAGCGCCUUCCAGCAGAAUGUCAACAAAACCCCCUCAGCUGCAGCUGCAGCAGCACCGGCGGUCCCUUCUGCUGCCGCUGAGCCAUCUUCAGCAUCCGGAGGAGCUUUGGAUUCUCUACCAGCUCAAUGCAGUAAAACUCAGCUGCAGGAGACCUUGAUCCAUCUCAUCAAGACGGACUCAGACUUCCUCAGUGCCAUUCACGACGCAUACCUGCAGAGUUUAUCCAGGGAUUUAGGAAACGUGAAGCUAUAGUCCUGAAAGAACAACUAAAGAUCAACACGGCAUGCUCCACAUCAGUAACACUGAGAUCAGAGAAAAACAUCUUUAUGGAACAAACGUGGGAACAAAAGGAGAUGGAUUUAGGCUUUUCUGACAUUUUAAGAGAAAUGAAAAUGUCAAACCACUGGGUCAGAAGUUGGUUUAAUUUUUUUUUGAAGGACAGAACUACUGCUACAGACAUUUAGUGAGAUUGUCUUUUCAUUUGGGACUGUGGAUUGUUUUUUCAACUAUAAUAACAAGCAAACUCUGCUGUUUCUUCUGUUCAUCAGAUAUUUGUGGAGCUGAAGAUCAUUAGAAGAGUUAUGACAAUUAUUGUUGAUUAACCGAUUCCCUUUUUUUUUUUUUUUUUUUUUUUUAAAGCCACUAGAUGAUGUCUGGGUCUGUAUAUUUUUGUAAAAAUAUACAGAUGCUCCACAACUUUUGAUGUUUUUUUCUGUAAUUGUCUAGAAAAGCACUUACAGUUUAUGAAAAAGUCCCUAAGAAUUUGCUCCUUUUAUGAGUUUGUAGUGGAGCUUCCUUCUGUUCCGCCUUCUUGCAUCACAUCUCUUUUAUUGAGGAGGGGUGUGAUGUGUGACAAAACCACCACAGGGGCAAAUGGAUGUUAUCCUCAGGAUUCUGCAUUUCAACUAUCAUUUAAAAAACUCAAAAAAAUAUGUAAAGGUGACUUAUCUGAAUUCCCCCGAACUGCUAUUUUAAUAUUAGCCAAAGGUGGAGCUGAGGGGCUUGUGAUAGCUCCAUUCCAAAUAUAUCUUUUUAGUUUCACUCUGAGCAAAAUGAAUGGGGAAAAAAAUACAUCAUUCAGGGUUUCUUUUAGUUUUUUUUUUUUUUUUUUUUUUUUUCAGGGUCAUCAAAUGUUAGGUCGGUGAACUUGUAGUAAAAGAAUACUGCAGCACAAAGAACAAUGAAAACUGACCCGAUCCAUAUUCAGAAUGGCUUCCAAUCAUGUCAGAAAUAUACACCAAUAAUCGUUUUGAAGACAAACGUUACAUCUGUGGUCACAAAUGUAAAGCACAUGCUAGAUUUAAUGGACAAUAAAGAGUUUUGGAAGGAAAAAAAAUUAAGUGAAAGCUUGUGUAACAAGUGACAGUAAUCUUGGUUUUCAUCAAAUGUAUUUUGCAUUACAACUCGCAGUAGAUCAGUAUUAAAGCAUUUUAUUUUGUCUUUGGUUUAAAAAGUACACUGAAGUUUCAAAAUAAUGGCAUUAAUAGGUUUGGGUCAGCUCUUUGAAUGUAUUGUUUGCUCUGAAUUUCAACAAAAAUCGCAUUCAUGUUUUCUUUAUUUUUGUCUUUUAUUUUAAAAAAAGUUUCAAUGUAAAUCAAUGGAGCAGUACAUGGUGUAUUGACCUCAUUGUGCCUGUAGACAUUUUAAUUUCAGACUUAAAUGGCUGCAUUUGGGUUAAAUAAAGAGUGAUAAAAAUGUUGUUUUUAUCCUGAUUUUAUAUGUUUAAAUUUAGCUUCAAAUUAAGUGAGGAGGAUUUGGGAUAAAUUGAUCGUUUUGUUCUAGCUCAUUGUACUAAGUUUGCAUUUUUUGUGGUGAUAAACUGCAUAAAUGUAAAGUGUUCUCAAUGUUUAA